AGCCAUAGUGGGAUAAAAACUAUAAACCAAUUCCAUUGGAUCUUCUGGUCAAGUCUCAAGGCCAGCAGAAUCAUAAAUAUGAGCGCAUUGAACCACGCAAACAAGGCGCGAUGCAGAAUCGCCAUAGAAGGCUUUUAUUCAAAAGCAGGAGCAUGCGUACAAGCAAACAUAAGAUCACAAGAAAGCAGUAGAGUAACUCAGACACACUUUAUUAUGAAUACUUAUCAUCGAAAGGACAGUUUGAAACGAGACAUAGAAAAUUCGAGGAGGAAAAUAAGAAAGAUAUUGAGGAAACAAGGAAGAAAAGAAGAAAUAAAUAAAAAUCGAAAAAAUUCGCAGCAAAUAUAACGCACAUCAACAUCUAACAUUCAAAUUUGCAAAAACGUGUGCACGUGUGUAUGUGAGCGGGAAUCCUUGAAUGCAACUGGAAUCGAGAAUAUGAACAUAACCAUGGACUAUCAAGUGCUACCAAUCUUGGCUGCGGUAGGAACAAUAGUUGUUAUAGGAGUUGUUAUGAAAUUAUAUAAGACAUUGUCGUGGUUGGGUGAGAAAAAGAAGAAAUCUCCAGUACUGCUGGUUGACCCAGUAGUCAAAUAUAGUCUGCCUCUUAUUCAAAAAGACAUAAUAAGCCAUGACACAAGAAAAUUCAGAUUUGGAUUACCAACGCCAAAGCAUGUUCUUGGUUUGCCUAUUGGUCAACAUGUACAUUUAACAGCAAAAAUUAGAGAAGAGGUUGUGAUACGAGCAUAUACACCUGUUUCAAGUGACGAUGAUGAAGGCUAUGUGGAUCUUGUCAUUAAGGUAUACUUCAAGAAUGUACACCCAAAGUUCCCUGAGGGUGGGAAAUUGUCUCAAUAUUUAGAAAACAUGAAAAUAGGAGAUACUAUUGACUUCAGAGGUCCAUCUGGGAGAUUGGUUUAUAAAGGAAAUGGCACAAUGUCCAUAAAACUUCUUAGGAAAGAACCACCUGUAGAAUAUAAUAUUAAGAAGAUCGUUAUGCUCGCUGGUGGUACGGGUAUCACGCCGAUGCUACAGCUGAUUCGUGCGAUAAUAAAGGACAAAACGGACGAAACGCAAACAUCCUUACUGUUCGCUAAUCAGACUGAGAAGGACAUCUUGUUGCGGAACGAACUGGACGGUAUUGCCAAAGAUCAUCCGGACAAGUUGAAAGUUUGGUACACGGUAGACACGAGCAGCGAUGGAUGGCCUUACAGUACUGGGUUUAUUAACGCUGACAUGAUAAAGAACCACAUGUUCCCACCGUCGCCCGACACCAUUGUGUUGAUGUGUGGGCCAGCUCCGAUGAUCAAUUUCGCUUGUACGCCGAAUCUCGAUAAACUCGGCUACGAUACAAAGCUACGAUUCGCGUACUAAUCGAUUUGCCGCUAAAGAUCGCAUGUAGUGUAAAUCCGUCAGCCGAAACUUACAACGCUUUUAGUACCUUAGUAAAGAGAACCGAGCUUUUGAUUGUUUGGCUGUGAGUAUAUGGUUUUACAUUUAGCGAGAUAUCUGAGGACGUAAAAUGAUGCCAAUCACAGAUGUUUGUCCACAAAUUUUCUGUAAGAACUUUUCCGUAAAAACGGGUUUAACAGUAUUGACGAUUAUUACGUAAGAAUAAUCAACUUACAACGUAAAUAGUCAAUGAAACUUAGCCAUGUUAUACGUGGAUAAAUUUAUCCAUAUAAAUGUUGAGAUAUGCAAGAUACGCAUAGAUACCAGAAUUAUAUUUCCAGUUUUUUUUAUUGUUCUUGAUACAUACGUAAAAUCCAUAGAAUUUAAGGGGAGAAAAAGAUUCAAGAUCAAAUCACACAUAUGAAUGAUAUAUAGUAAGUACUUGCUUCACCACUGUGAAAUAUAUUUUAUUCAACUAUUUGUCUGCACAUUGUUAUGAAAGUAGCUUAUGUAAUAAAUUAGUUGAAUAAAAUAUAUUACUAACGUGCGUUAUCCGUAGGAAGUAUUGUAUGUCGGAGCAUUUAUUGACGUUGAAUCCAUUGUAUUGUUACAAAAAAAAUCUCGAACACGCAGACAAUACCCUUUUCUUAAUAUCCUAUAAUGCUAUAUUUGACAGAGAAACAAGGUCAGAGUAUAAACUUUAAAUACAAAAUGACGAUCAAAAAACGUGAUGAAAUAUAUUCAUUUUCUAUUCA